GCGCGAAAUAUCGGAACUCAUUGACUAAUCUCGUGCUUGUGUGGUGUUUUGUGAAAUAUACAAUGGAUAUUGUUUAUUAAUCGUUCUCAUUUUGUGCUUAGUGACAUACUUUUUGUCUCCGAAGUUACAGAGCGGACGAAACGAGCAAAUCGGAGCAAAUCGCCGACCCCGGAGGUCAGCCAAUUUAGCGGACUAGGUGAACGAUGACAAUGGACAAACAGCUGGUGUGGGUGCGCGACCCUAACGAGGGGUUCGUGCUGGCUCGCCUCCAGGAGCUGAUGGGGGAGGAGGCCGACGUCUUCCCCAUAGACAACAAGUAUCCACGGAGGGUGUGCAGCUUCGAGGACAUAUUCCCUGCUGGAGACCCGGCCAAGGACGUCGAUGACAACUGCGAGCUAAUGUUCCUGAACGAGGCCACACUGCUAAACAAUAUCCUAACGCGAUACGAGAAAAACAAAAUCUACACGUACGUAGCAAACAUCCUAUUAGCCGUCAACCCUUACGAAGACAUCAAGGACCUGUACUCCUCGAACACGAUAAAGAAAUACCAGGGCAAGUCUCUGGGAGAACUGGCGCCACAUGUCUUCGCUAUAGCCGACAAAGCGUUUCGCGACAUGAAAUCAUUCAAGCAGUCCCAGUCUAUAAUAGUAUCAGGCGAGUCCGGUGCGGGCAAGACAGAGUCCACCAAGUACAUACUCAAGUACCUCUGUGAUCUCUGGGCUAAGAGCGCGGGGCCUGUGGAACAGAAGAUUCUGGAUGCAAAUCCGAUCUUAGAAGCGUUCGGUAACGCGAAAACAACACGUAACAACAACAGUUCACGUUUCGGCAAGUUCAUGGAAGUGCACUUCAACAACAAAUACCAGGUCGUUGGCGGUCACAUCUCACACUACCUCCUGGAAAAGUCUAGAAUCUGCACUCAGAGCGCCGAAGAGAGGAACUACCACGUGUUCUACUUGCUGUGCGCCGGCGCGCCGCAGGAGUUGCGCACCGCCUUGAAGAUCACCAAGCCUGACGACUAUUUGUACCUCAAGAACGGUUGCACACAAUUCUUCACAUCCGCCGCGUCGGAGAAGAAAAUCUCCGCCAGCCAGAAGUCCAAACAGCAAACAGCUAAGGGCGGACUCAGGGACCCUAUACUUGAUGAUGUUGAAGAUUUCCAGAGGUUACACCAGGCGCUAUCCCGCGUGGGUCUAACCGACGCCGAGAAAAAAGGAGUAUACUCCGUGGUCGCCGCGGUCCUACACCUCGGGAACAUAGAAUUUGAAGAGGACUCCGGUCCCAGGGGAGGCUGCGGGGUGAAGCCCAGCAGUGAACAGAGUUUGGCCACGGCGGCACAGUUGUUAGGAGUUGAUAGUGGGGAAUUGAGAAUGGCGCUGGUUUCUCGGUUGAUGCAGAGCUCCAGAGGAGGGAUUAAAGGCACUGCCAUCAUGGUCCCACUGAAGACCUACGAGGCCACAAACGCCCGCGACGCGCUGGCGAAGGCGGUGUACAGCAAGUUGUUCGACUUCAUCGUCCACAGGAUCAACGUCAGCAUUCCGUUCCAAGCGUCCGCGUACUACAUCGGCGUGCUGGACAUCGCUGGUUUCGAAUACUUUCAAAUGAACAGUUUCGAGCAGUUCUGCAUCAACUACUGCAACGAGAAGUUGCAGCAGUUCUUCAACGAGCGUAUUCUCAAGAAUGAACAGGAGUUAUACAGAAGGGAAGGGCUUAACGUCCCCGAGAUUCGAUUUGUUGACAACCAGGACUGCAUUGAUUUAAUUGAAAGCAAAAACCAUGGUAUAUUCCAUUUGUUGGAUGAGGAGUCGAAACUUCCGAAGCCAGAAUUCAGUCACUUCACACAUUCCGUGCACAAGCAACUCAACAGCAACAGCAGACUGCAGCUGCCGCGCGCGUCGCGUCUGAAGGCGCACCGCUCGCUGCGCGACCACGAGGGCUUCCUGCUGCGGCACUUCGCCGGCGCCGUCUGCUACAACACGAACCAAUUUAUAGAAAAGAACAAUGACGCCCUCCACGCCUCCCUAGAAUUCCUAGUCCAGGAGUCGAAUUCUUCACUAGUUCAGGAGCUAUUUCAGACAUCUGAUAACAACAACGCUAAAGGGAAACUGAACUUUAUCUCCGUAGGCGCUAAGUUUCAAAGUCAAUUGUCGCUGUUGAUGGACAAGUUGAAGGAGAACGGCACGAACUUCGUGCGCUGCAUCAAGCCGAACUCGCGCAUGUCCCGCCGCAGCCGCGAGGCGGCGCUGGUGCUGGCGCAGCUGCAAUGCAGCGGCACGGCCGCGGUGCUGCAGCUCAUGGAGCACGGCUAUCCCUCGCGCGCGCCCUUCGCAGACCUCCAUCUCGUCUACCACUCCUACAUGCCGCCCAGGCUGCAAGCGCUCGACGCCAAGAUAUUCUGCGAGGCAAUAGUGCACAGUCUUGGCCUAUCGGAGAAAGACUACAAAUUCGGCAUCACUCGGGUAUUCUUCAGACCGGGCAAGUACUCGGAGUUCGACACCAUCAUGCGCUCGGAUCCUGAAAAUCUGAAGGCGAUCGUGGACAAAGUGCUAGCGUGGCUUAUCAAGUCUCGAUGGAGAAGAUCUAUAUUUGCUGUGCUGUCCAUUAUUAAGUUAAAGAACAAAAUACUAUACCGCCGCCAAUGCUUAAUACUCGUUCAGAAGAGCAUUCGCGGUUAUCUAGUCCGCAAACAGCACAGGCCUCGGUACCAGGCCAUAGCCAAGAUAAACGCGUUACAAAACAACCUCAAGGAUAUGGAGUCUGUGACGUCACAACUGAAGAAGGAUAAGGACAGCGCGCAGAAGAAUAUUGAGAAUUUGAGGAAGAGUAUUGCCAGUGCUGUUGCUACUAUCAAGAAAAAUCAGAAGAUAUCACGCAAAGAGAUCGACGAGUUGACAAGCAAGUUGACUAAAGAUGUUGAGACUCAGAUGACCGCUUUGCAGAAAGCUAUGGUUGACCAGAAGAACAGGGAAGAACAAGAAAGGCUAAAACGCAUGGAAGCAGAGAUGCGCGCCGCGGAGGAGGCCAAGAGGAAGGAGUCAGAGAGACUCCAACAGGAGGAAGAACACCGCAGACUGAAAGCAGAAAUGGAGACGCGUCGCAAAGCAGAAGAGGCUGAACGGCUGAGGCUGGAGCAGCAGGAGCGGCAGGCGGCGGCCGCGCUGCAGCUGCAGCUGGCGGAGGCGGCCCGCCACGACCAGGAGAACAGGGACAGACUGGAACAGGAGCGCAGAGACCACGAGAUGGCGGUGAGACUGGCCAAAGAGACCAACGGCCACGUGGAGGGGUCGCCGCCGCAGCUGCGCAGUUUCGCCGGGGACCAGCUCAAUGGAGAGAAUAAAUUGAACAGGUCCGAACGAGUGAGGAUGCAGCAAGCGAUGCAAGGCAAACAGAAAUACGACCUGUCCAAGUGGAAGUAUUCUGAACUGAGGGACACCAUCAAUACUUCGUGCGAUAUUGAACUUUUAGAGGCUUGCCGCCACGAAUUUCACCGUCGCCUGAAGGUUUACCACGCGUGGAAAGCCAAGAACGCUCGCAAGAGCACCAUGGCGGAACAAGAGAGGGCGCCACAGUCCAUCAUGGAGGCCGCGAAAACCCCCCGCCUCCCCCAAAAGGGCGAGAUCCUCGGCGCCCGCCACCGCUACUUCCGCAUCCCGUUCGUGCGCCCCGCCGGCGACGCCGAGCGCCGCGGCUGGUGGUACGCGCACUUCGACGGACAGUAUGUGGCACGACAGAUGGAGUUACAUCCUGACAAGACACCUGUCUUACUGCAGGCUGGGGUGGACGACAUGCAAAUGUGCGAGCUGAGCCUAGAAGAAACGGGUCUAACUCGCAAGCGCGGCGCGGAGAUACUGGAGCACGAGUUCGAGCGCGAGUGGGCGCGCCACGGCGGCCGCGCCUACGUGCCGCCGGAACUGCGCAAGCGCUAACUUGACACAAAUAGCACAUUCCUGACAACUAGCCCAACUAUAUUACGAGUAGACAAUGGCAAGAUAGUGAAGAGUUUUCAGUCAUGUAGUGACGAGAAGACGAUAGUAAGAUACGACAUAGUGCUUAUAAAUGUGCCUUCACAGGUUCCUAGGAAUUAGUGCAAUAUUCUACAACCUCGAGUGUUUUUAAAUAAUUCAAUUUUGUAGCAGAUAUUCUUAAACCUAAUUAAAAUUUAAAUCAAAAUUUAUAACUUUCAUAUUAUUAUCAAAUUAACGAUUAGCGUAUUUAAAAACACUUGUAGCCGUUGUUUCACCAUAGGUAUGUUUCAUUCCAUGCUAUAUAUACAGACACAUAGAAAAUAUAGUAAAACGUAUACGAGGAGAACUAAUUGCCACCUAUAAAAAAGUAUUGCUAUUGGAAAUAAACAUUUUGGACGGAAUUUUUAAAGUACAAUGAAGUGUCUUAAAGUUUUUAGUCUAAGAUAUAUUUAUAAAUGAUAUUGAAAUACCUUAUAAGUAUGUUUACAGUGCAAUUAGAAAAAUAGUAAAUUAGGAAAUAUAGAAAUGUAUUGAAAAGUUUACACGUCAGUUCAGUACUAAAAACAUCGAGGUGUUGACGGCCCUUAAAUUCGAUUAUAUUUUAUUACGAAAUAAAAUACAAUAAGGAAACAUUUUAAUUAUAUACCUAAUUACAUGUAAAAGUCUUCAAAGUAACUAAUUGGGUAUACUGAUGUCCAUGUAUUCAGGUGUUGCUUACCAUCUGGCCCGUAGCUCGUUUGCCUACUAUACGAUAAAAAAAGAUAUUUUCCCUUUUACUAAAGUUGUAGAAAAUAAUGUAGUAAAUUAUAAGUAAUUGUAGUUCUGUUACACCGAAUUUUUUGCAUGCAUUCUGUAAUGUUGCCAUUUUGUACUCGAUAUAAAUAUAAUUUUGCCUCAUUUUUUCAUAACUAUUCAAUGAUAACACCCUUACGAGUACAAUAUAUAUAAAAUAGGGUGCUGGAGUAUAAUAAAAACAAGUACAUUAUAAUACAGUUUUUUUUUUUUCAUGUUGAUAUUUUUGUUUUUAUAUAUAAACAUAGAGUAGUUUUAAUGUACUUUUGGUUGAAAAAAAAAACUGUGAUUAUUUUAAAGAGGUAUUCAGGUAAAAUUAGUUUUAUAUUUAUUAUGUGUAGAGUAUUUAUUUUUAUCAUUCCUGUGUCAUUUUAAGACUGGUAAAUGGCAGUUUUAUUUGUUGGUAUAACUUUUUUCUAUACCGUGGUAUUUUCAUAACAGUAUUUUAUAGCGAACAUUCCUUUCUUCUAAAAUAGCAUAUCAAAUAAAUUCCAUUACCUAAGUGUAUUAUAUUUACAAAAAAGCUAGGUUGCUAUAUUUACAAUUUAACACUACUAAACUGGUGCCUUAAAAUAUUACUAAUUGUUACAGUGCCUAAAAUCUUUGUACACACUUAAAACUAUCAAUUUAUUAAUGAUUUUUUGUAAUAUUUUAGCACUAAGCAAAGACAAAGAAAACUAAAGACAACGCUAGCUAGCGUAACCAAAUGAGAUAGAACAUUCAGUUGUAUGAAAAUGUCAGUCAUUGUCCAAGCCUACCUCAUACAAGAAGCUGGAAAAUACGCGUUGUAAAACCGGGCACAUGAUGAGGGACAGAAGAUAUUAGCACUCUCUCCUUCUCAUGUAAAGUGUAUCUAUAGUACACUUUUAUCUUUCUCCUAUGAGCGAAAGAUAUGACGGAUGACGAUGUCUAUAAUUUUCUCUGUCUACGCUGCUUAAGGCUUUGUGUGUAUGAAGCGAAACAUGAUUUAUUCAUUGAUGUAUGCCAGUAUAAUGAUCAUCUCGUAUAUCGAUAACAGCUGUGAAGUGAUUUAGAUGUAUUUUUGUGAACACUUUUAGAUAAGUUGUGUGAAUUCUUUCAGCUGUAAAUAAUGUAGAUAAGUGCCUUUAUAUUUUAUGCAGUAAUACCCACUUUGACCACUGUAUUUGUCUUUGCUUUACCAAAUAAAAUGAGAAUGAAUUA